GACUCUAUGAGGCUCCCGGCCUUCCUGAGUCUGCUGGCCCUGCUGCUGCCAGAGGCAGAGACAGCUUCUCUCCCAAAGGGGAGAAGGUGGGGCAAGCGGAGCCCCGGGGAGGAUGAGACUUCCACAGCACCGCCCCCGGGGAGCCAAACCCUGGGCCUGGACCACGUGGGCAAGCUCGCCAACCUGAGCCUCUCCGAAUUGCUCACAGACCCAGGGGACCGGCUUCCCAAGGUAAACGUGACCAGCCUGGCUCCUCCAAGCGGGGUCAGUCCCGCCCAGAGCACCGUGGCUCCAACGACACCCUCACCAAAGCCCAUGACAACCAGGCCCACUACGCUGGGCCCACUGGACUCCACCACCAGCCAAGGCCUGCCCACCUGCCUGGUCUGUGUGUGCCUGGGCUCCUCUGUGUACUGUGAUGACAUCGACCUGGAGAGCAUCCCUCCUCUUCCCCGGAUGACCGCCUACCUGUACGCCCGCUUCAACCGCAUCCGCCACGUCAGGGCCGGAGACUUCAAGGGACUGACAAAACUGAAAAAGAUCGACCUCUCCGGCAACUUCAUCUCCUCCAUCGAUAACAAUGCCCUCCGCUUGCUGCCUGCCCUGCGGGAUCUGGUCCUCCUAGAGAACCAGCUGGCAGCUCUGCCCAUGCUGCCCCGUGGCAUCGAGUUCCUGGACGUCCGGCACAAUCGGCUCCGGAGCCCAGGGAUACAGCCCGGAGCCUUCGAGGCACUGGAGAAGCUGCAGUUCCUGUACUUGGCGGACAACCUGCUGGACUCCAUCCCCGGGCCUUUCCCCCUGAGCCUGCGCUCGCUACACCUGCAGAACAACAAGAUAAAGGCCCUGCGGACAGACAGCUUCUGUGACCCCGUGGAGCACAGAUACACCCGCAGGCAGCUGGAGGACAUCCGGCUGGACGGCAACCCCAUCAACCUCAGCCACUUCCCCAGCGCCUACUUCUGCCUGCCUCGGCUCCCCACGGGCCGCCUCACCUAGCCCUGCCGGCCCUCUUCUCCCAGGGGAGCCUCAGGACGGCUGAGCACACACCCAGCCAUCUUCAGUCCAGGCACUGCUCAGCCUCAGGACUUGAUUACAAAAUCCAGUCCCCCUUCCGAGGCACACAAAUGUCCUUCACAGCUAGAUUUGCAUUUCUCCUUCCUCUUUCCUUAACACCUUCUGGCUCCUGGCUCAGAGAAGAACGAUGCCUGCAGCAAAGCUCCUUUCCAUAUUCCCCUUCCCUCCUACCCACACAGAUUGGCAGAAAAGCCAUGAAAGAGGAGGCAGAGACGGAGGAGGGAAGGGGAGGCUGGGGGAAGGGGAGGAGCAACAGUGGCGUGCCGGAGUCAGCUCUUACACAUAGGCUUGCAGGAACCGAUGAUUAGAUUUUCCAGAAUUGUGCAAGUCAGUUGUUAAACACAGCCAUUACGAAAAAUUUAAUUACACAAACUCGCAAUUAAAUGCAUUAUAUUGAAAACAAAUGGAAUAAAUACUCAAAUGUAUCCCUCCCCUAUUAUUUUGUUGUAUUUUACUAUUAACCGUGCUGUCGAAGUUCUUUAUGCCCGUGGUCUCUGCGUGGUGAGAAUCCUGUAUGAGUGUGUCUCUUCCCAGCUCUUCGCUCAGUGUUAUCUCAUUGGUAGUUUGACCCUGACAUGGUGGGAGUAUUUACACCAUGCAAAUUGGUAAAUGCUACCAAUGGAGAUUU